GAACCUAGUUGACAAUAAAAUCCACUCUUUCUUGCAAAACCCACAAAUCCCAUCUGGCUAAAACCCCUCUUCAUCUCCACCCCACACAUCCCACCAAUUAAGCAAUGGAUUCUUGCGCAAGAACCUCACUCUUUCUCACCUCAACUCUAAUCCUACUCGCCCUUACAACCUCCGACAACUCCAAAGACAGACAGGAAUGUGCGGACUCACUGGUGGGCUUAGCCACCUGUCUGCCUUACGUUGGAGGCACUGCAAAAACCCCCACACCCGACUGCUGCAGCGGCCUCAAACAGGUUCUCAAGACCAACAAGAAGUGUCUUUGUAUAGUGAUUAAGGAUAGAAAUGACCCGGAUUUGGGCCUCAACAUUAAUGUCACUCUUGCUUUGGGUCUGCCCGCCGUUUGUAAUGCCCCGGCUAAUAUUUCUCAGUGUCCUGCUCUGCUCAACUUGCCUCCCAAUUCACCAGAAGCCCAGAUUUUCUAUCAACUCGGCAAAAACUCAACCGGUACUACUGCCGCUAGCCCUGUUGCGGGAGGCCCGACUGCUAAUGUGGGGCCAAAUUCGACGAGUGCCCCUGCCGGAGCAAGUACCGCUGGAAGCAGCUCUCAGCGGAAAACUAGCGGCUUUGGCAGACCGAAGAGAUGGGUUGGAUUGGAAGUCCUAGGCGGGCUGGUUCUGUUAUCGGUUGUGAUCAUGUAAUAGCGUCUGGAGUAUGUUGUCCGAAAUUCGGACGGAAGUAUUAUUUCUGUUUUUGGACACUGACAGCAACCAUGUGUUUGCACUGCUUUAUUUAUGGAAUUAGAUAUUACAAGAAAUAAUCAGUAUUGUGCAAUAAUUAAGUAUUGUUUUUCUUAUAUAUGUUCUGAAUUGUUAA